AUGAAUAGAGUAUUGGUCAAGAGCGAGGACUCCAGGAAUGUGCUUCCCCCAGAAACUGAUAGCAGCCAGAUGGUGAUGAUGCCUGGAGCAGUGGUGCCACAGCCGGGAUUCGGGGUCGUUGGAGGCGGUAGCGGGGCCCAUGGUAUACCUGUACUUCCAGAAAACCUGGGAAACAUUCCGCUGCAACAUCCAGCGGUGGCAGCUGGUCCCCCUAUGGCUCCAGACUCGCUCCCGGUUCUGCCACCUCAUGCAACGUACCAUGCUAACAACGGCAUGUCGGAUCCUUCGCUACAGGAGUAUUUGUCGCCGUUCUUCCAGCCCUACGGUGUGGAUGUCUCGCAUUUCCCACUCACAAACCCUCCUAUUUUCCAGAGUAGUCUAACGAAUUUCUCGGACCAUCCCCGGAGACGCAGAAUCUCCAUCUCCAACGGGCAAAUUAGCCAGCUGGGCGAUGCGACGCACACCUUCGACGACUUGUACUACAGUCAACCUCCUCCAAUGCCUCUGAGACACGAUCAUAAAAGCGGACCAGGUUCGAAAGGCUACAUAUACGCUCAACAACCAAUAGCGCAGAUACCUCCACAGUCGCACCCACGACCACUUCCACAAACACAUUCGCGACCACCACCUCAACCUCAGUCCCAACUUCAUUCGCAACCCCAGUCGCACCCCCCAUCACAGUCCCAAUCCCAACCACAAGCUGAAGUCCAGGCUGAGCCUCGGCCACCACAGCUGCUCCAGCACCAGCAAUCAGCGGGCACUCCACUGCAGUCACCACCGUCAAAUGAUUAUCCAUCACGUCCUUUGUCGUCCGACUUGGAUGAUGACCUCGAUUCCAAGGAUUCUGGGCCGGGCGGGCUAUACAACCACAAUCUCAAUUCCAAAGAAGACCACGCUCACAGUAUGUUUAGUGAGCAUACGUUGCACCCGUCUUAUAGGCAGCACGGAGUGGUGCCUGGUACACCCGUCUGGAAAAGAGAAAGACUUCUCGAAAGAAAUCGGAUUGCGGCGUCCAAGUGUAGACAGCGGAAGAAGAUGGCUCAACAACAACUACAAAAAGAUGUCAGCCUGCUAGCUCACGAGAAUACCGAAAUGCGAAAGCGACUUCAGUACUUCGAAAAGCUGGUCUACAAGUUCAAGAAGUUUACUGAAAUGCACAUGGCCUCUUGUGGAGGCUCCGAACAACUCAGCAUGAUCGAAGAGCUGCUCAAGAUAGAUCAUAACAUGAUAGAAGAUAGUCGCGAAGCAUCUCUCGAGUUCGAGGAUGGGAAGCCCCAAUGA